CACUGAUGGCCCACGUCCUGUCUCCCCAGCACCCUCACCCCCACCCCUGGAAACUCUGCCUCUCCUCAAACCUGCCAAAGUGUUUGUAUCGCGACUGCAUCCAGUUUCAUGUUCCAGAUUUCGGUUCCGUCACUCUGGUGGAUCGCUUCCAGUACUUCGAGGCCCACGUCUCAGACACCACCAGCGAGGAAGAGGAACAGAAACUAUGGCAACACGUCGACAAAUCCAUCUUCAACGGAAUUGAAAAGGUGUCAGACAUGCUGGGCUACUCCAAUAACAAGCCACGGCCAGCCAUCAUCUGUCCAAAGAGCCACUCAGACAAGGCCCACACAGCUUACAUCAAGGACGGAAAAUGGAACUGCACCAGUGACAUGGGUGUCCGUGGGACUCUGGCAGAGCUGGGCACUGUGCUUCCCUGGUGUGACGAGGCUUGCAACCAGCCACCGUCAGCAGUGGCAACGGCAGCAACCACACCACCUCCUACCUCUCCAGAUAGUACCCAACAACUAGACACAGAUGAUCUGUUUGAAGUUGUUUGUGAACUGGACGACGUGGCCCACAUGUGGAGACCACUGGGAACUGCUCUCAGACUACGACCUUCAACUCUCGCCAGAAUCAAAGCUGAUCACCAACAAGACUCUAGGAGCUGUCUGUCAGAGAUGGUGACCGAGUGGCUGAACCAGUCUUACAACACGGAGCGUUUUCGGACUGCCUUCGUGGAAGAUGUUGGUGGAGGCAGUGGCCCAUCGCAAUGGGGGGAACAACAACGCCCUUGCCAUACACAUUGCCACCAAGUACAAAGGUCAGUGUGAGAGAGAUGUGUAUACAUCUGUCCAUACUCACAGUGACCAGUACAAUGCUACCUUUGGUGCACUCUAGAUAGAGAUAUUAUUGCCACACAUUAUUGGGACUAAAGUCCAGUAUGUAUGCAUGUAGGACAGUACUCUAUGCAUGCCAUCUCGCGGUACGGUCGCAGUACAAGAGGAGCUUUCACAAAUUUGAGGCAGAGCUGAUCACUGCAACGGGUUUCUAAUUCUCAGGCCGUGGGCCACAACGCGCGCAUGCGCAUUUGGGUGGGGCUCGCAGUGCAGUAUAUACUGCAUGCUGCUUUACACACCUACUACACGUCGAGGUGGACCGUCCGGCCGUCCGUGUGCCGGGCUGAGCGCGGCGUUCUCCUGCUGUCCAGUUGAGAGGGAAACGAAGUGUUCCCCUCACUACCUCCAAUGUACUGGCAGUAGUGAGGGAGGUGAAGAGGGGUUGGGGUGGAUUGGGGAGUUGGUCAUUGACAUCAUGAUGACAAUAAUAUGACAGAUAGUCCUCCCGCAGUGACCGUCUCACUUGUCAAUUCAUGCCUGCUUCUUCAUCACUAGCGUCUUGGGGACAGUCUUCAUCAACAGUUGCUACUGGUCCUUCAUCACCAUCUGCUGAACAAAAAGUGUCUUCUGAGAUAGUGGCCGUGGCAAUGUCUUCGGUGCUCGAAUCAGGCAAUAACCUGACUACUAGUGUUCUGCCAUCUUCGAAUGUCGCCGAAGUUUCGAUAGUGGGCGUAGGUACACAGACAGAACCUCGACCGACUACCCACAGCACAGCAGGACUCACUAGCAUUGUGCACACACCCCACACUGCUCGUAAAUCAACCCCCGAGUCUCUGCGGAGGAGUAGACGGAAAAUAACUCGAGUGAGGCGACUAUUGAGCGAAUCUCUCGACAAUGACGGAGUUUCAGACACCAACACAAGACCCUCGGCUAAAAGGAGAGAAGUCCUCGCUGAUUGUAGAGUGGGUGUUGGUGAUGUAUGGUCUGUACCUGAGGAUGGGGGUCUGUCUCUUCCACCAGCCAAGAGGACUCGAAGCAAGGUUGUGGGUAGGACGACCGAAAUGCCAGUUGUUGGAGAGGGUGACGAAGGGUGUGUGGUUUGCGAGAGUGGGUGGGGUCACCCGACAGAGUGGGGCGUGGCAGAGGUGGGGCAGUUUAUUGCAGGGAUUCCCCACUGCUCUGGGUUCAAGGACGUCUUUGUGGAACAUUUGGUGGAUGGAGAGACGCUGCUGUCUCUGGAUCCUCAGAUGAUGGUGAAGUUGAUGGACCUCAAGACAGGACCUGCUCUCAGGAUACACCGCUACAUCUCCUCUCUCAAGAAACACUUCUCCUUAUCUUGACUCUGUUUGUGUGUAUAAUUUAUCAUCACACCCAGUUAUACACUUAUGCUGCACUAAAAAAGCAUGAAAUGAGCAUAAGCCAAUUGUUUAUUUUCAGGUUUACUUGUAGUGUGCCCAGAGUUGCACCAUUGUCUCUGCAGAAUUCACAAUGGGUGGUCUCAAGUUACUUUUGGGUGGCC